UGAAUUAUUAUAUAUACAGAGAGUGAGAAAUAAGAUCUGAUGCAUUCGAUAAUUGGUGGUAGAAGCGCCAUGUCUGAAGAGAAAGCAAUGAUUAAAGUUGCAGCUCUAUGCGGCUCUUUGCGCAAAGCUUCUUUCAACAGAGGCCUCCUUCGUGCCGCCAUCGAGCUAAGCCAGGAGCAAAUCACAGGGCUCCACGUGGAAUUCAUAGACACUUCGUCGCUGCCAAUGCUCAACACCGAUCUUGAACAGAACGGAAGGUUUCCGCCGGAAGUGGAAGAGUUCCGUCAGAAGAUUCUAGAAGCUGAUUGCUGUUUCUUUGCUUCUCCUGAUUAUAACUAUUCUGUCACUCCUCUCUUGAAGAAUGCACUUGACUGGGGUUCAAGACCACCAAACGUGUGGGCUGGAAAAGCAGCCGCAGUGGUAACGGCAGGUGGCGGAGGUGGAAGAGCGCAAUACCAUCUCCGGCAAAUCGGAGUCUUCCUCGAUCUGCAUUUCAUCAACAAGCCGGAGUUCUACUUGAACGCUUUCCAGCCGCCGGUAAAGUUUAACGACGACGGAGACUUGAUUGACUCUAGUGCAAGGGAGAGGCUUAAAGAUGUGCUACUCUCUUUGCAGGAUUUGACUUUGAGACUUCAAGGCAAUAAGUCCUGAAUUCAACAAAAUUUGGAGUGCUUAAUGUACUUUCCUUCUUCCUUCAUUGUGCUACCACUUUUAAGAUGUUGCUAAAUUUCUGUUUCAAUAAUUAUGAAAAGUUAGUGUUAAA